AAUGAUACUGCUUUUUUUUCUUUCUUUUUUUUUUUUCUCUCUAACAAAUCUCUGUAAUUUUGAAGCAUUGGAUUUCGUUUUCUCACUCACUGUCCGCCUUUACAAUUUCUUCUCAAUGUCCGUCUCGAGAAUCCUCUUUCGAGCUUCCAGGAGCCUUCACCGGAGCUCGCCGAUCCUAUAUGGCUACCAAACUUUUCCGAUUCUCUACAGGCAGUUUCACGGUCUCGUUCAUGAGAUCUCCGGCAAGUCUGCUCCAGUUCAAGUGUCUUUACUAAAUCAUAUAGUCUAUAAUCCUUUCCCCUUCCAAAGAUUUGGAGUAUCCUCUACUGCUAUCCAUGAAUCUUCUGAAAAUGAGGGGAGUGCCAAACAUAGUGGUUCUACAAAUAACGGUCCUACAAAACAUGGGAAUUCUGAAGUUUCUGAUCGAGCAGAAGAAUCGACUUUUACGUUGGAUUCCCAUUCCACCAAAUCGAAAUCAAGACGACGGAGUAGGCGGAGUGUACGAACUGCAUUUUCUGAUUCGGAUUCCGAAAGUGAUGAACAACCUUCAAUGGAUGAUCUAGUAAAGUCACUGGCACGGAAGGAAGAGCUUUUGAAGUCUAAGCAUAAAGAGCUUGAGAAAAUGCAAGAUAAAGUCCUCCGUUCUUAUGCAGAAAUGGAGAAUGUUAUGGACAGGACAAGACGUGAAGCAGAGAAUUCAAAGAAGUUUGCCAUUCAGAAUUUUGCAAAGAGUUUGCUUGAUGUUGCUGACAACUUGGGAAGAGCUUCUUCUGUGGUUAAAGAUAGUUUCUCAAAGAUUAAUGAAUCUCAGGAUUCAAGUGGAGCCGUACCUCUUCUAAAAUCCCUUCUAGAAGGGGUGGAUAUGACCGAGAAACAGCUUAUGGAGGCAUUUACAAAGUUUGGAGUAGAGAAAUUUGACCCUACAAGCGAACCAUUUGAUCCGCAUAAGCAUUUCGCUGUAUUCCAGAUACCGGAUGGGUCUAAGCCAGACGGCACUGUGGCUAUUGUCCUGAAGUCUGGAUAUAUGCUACACGAUCGAGUUCUUCGGCCAGCCGAGGUUGGUGUGACUCAAGCCGCGGAAGAUAACUCGACCAAUUAAUAUCUAAAGUGAUAGAAGCUGCUAUGGAAUGGUCCAAGGCUGCCAUUGGAUUCCUCAAAUUCUUCCAAUUCUAUGACAGGAAAUGUUAUAUGAGGUGCUAAGCUAAGAAAUGAUUCUAUCCUUCCAAUUGAAUUAGAAAUUAAUUUUCUUUUGUAUACCUAACCAAAAUUUGAUGGUUAGAAGGAAUAUGUUGGCAGUUUCCAUGAGGUUAUGUUUUAUUGCUUAAGCUGUUUUCAGAUUUCAUACUUCAGGUUUUGGGAUUGGACAUCAAGGAAAGCAUAUUUGCCAAGGUAUGGGAGUAGGAAUUUUGCAUUACAUACACGAGUAAAAUGUCAUCAAAGACCACUCCACAAAGGUUGAUUGUGAUUUUAUUUUGAGUUCCAAAUUAAGCUCAAUGAAAAUCAUGUAUAAAAGUUAUUCAAAUUUGAAAACACACUUUUUGAGUUUUAGUCAAAUUAAAAAAAGAAAGCCGAAAAUGAAUUUUUAGAGCUUCACUUUUACUAAAUUAAACACCUUUUCAAUUAGAAAGCGAUCAUUUACUUUCACAUGUCAUGUAAAUUGUUUGAGCGUAGUUCAGGUGAAUAAGAUACUAAUUACCAUUCAAAAGUUAUGACUCGUUUUAUUACAUGGUUCUCUAUUAAAUUUUGUUAAUACGAAGAAGUAUUUCUUUCUUUUAUGUAUGUGUAAUAUUAUUAGGUCGAUAGUUAUUAAACGGCACAAAAUGAUAUAAUUAUACAAUAGUAUAAUCACAUUUAAAAGCUGUGCUUCCAAUUGCAAAAUAGAAUAUAUGCAUAUUGUGAUUGUUCUAUUUUCUAAAUAAUAAUCAUAAUAAAUAAAUACUUUCAUACAUUGUAGAUUACACUCUUUUUUUU